AUGGAUGGGUCAAACGUGACCUCGUCUGCUGAGGGGGAGUCGUUGAACAUCUCGAGCAGCAGGAACGACUCCGCAGGGAGUCCACGCCCGCACAUCCCAGCUGUGCACUGGGUCAUUAUGAGCAUUUCCCCCCUGGGGUUUGUGGAAAAUGGAAUUCUCCUCUGGUUCCUCUGUUUCCGGAUGAGAAGAAAUCCCUUCACGGUCUACAUCACCCACUUGUCCAUUGCGGACAUCUCGCUGCUCUUCUGUAUUUUCAUUCUGUCCAUCGACUAUGCUUUAGACUAUGAGCUCUCCUCCGGCCACUACUAUACGAUCGUCACAUUAUCGGUGACUUUCCUGUUUGGUUACAACACGGGCCUCUAUCUGCUGACAGCCAUCAGUGUGGAGAGGUGCCUGUCAGUCCUCUACCCCAUCUGGUACCGAUGCCAUCGCCCCAAGCACCAGUCAGCAUUGGUCUGCGCCCUCCUCUGGGCGCUUUCUUGCUUGGUGACCACCAUGGAGUAUGUCAUGUGCAUCGACAGCGGAGAAGAGAGUCACUCCCGAAGUGACUGCAGGGCGGUCAUCAUCUUCAUAGCCGUUCUGAGCUUCCUAGUCUUCACUCCCCUCAUGCUGGUGUCCAGCGCCAUCUUGGUAGUGAAGAUCCGAAAGAACACGUGGACGUCGCAUUCCUCGAAGCUGUACGUGGUGAUCAUGGUCACCAUCAUCAUAUUCCUUAUCUUCGCCGUGCCCAUGAGAGUCCUCUACCUACUGUACUACGAGUACUGGUCCACGUUCGGAAACCUGCACAACCUCUCUCUGCUCUUCUCCACCAUCAACAGCAGCGCCAACCCUUUCAUUUACUUCUUUGUGGGCAGCAGCAAGAAGAAGAGGUUCAAGGAGUCCUUGAAAGUGGUCCUGACCAGGGCUUUCAAAGAUGAGAUGCAGCCUCAGCGCCAGGAGGACAAGGGCAACACCACCUCAAUUGAGACGGUCGUCUGA